AUGGGAUGCGGAACCUCCGUUGCGACAGAGCCACAAGGAAAAAGAGCGGAGACAGAUGAAGCAGCUAAGACUCCCAGCCCGGCUCUAACUAUGAAGGCAGCUAUUUUGAUCCAGAGAUGGUACCGGCGCUACAUGGCCCGCCUUGAGAUGAGGCGCAGGUACACCUGGAACAUCUUCCAGUCCAUUGAAUAUGCCGGUGAACAAGACCAGCUACAGCUCUCUGGUUUCUUCAGUUUCAUGCUCGACAACUUCACUCAGCUGAAUGGAAAUGGGCCAGACUUGAUCUCCCAGCUGCUGGACCCUGUCGUCGACCCCUGGUUAGAUAGAGAGACCUGCUACAACAUGAUCUCUGUUCCAGAGUCGUACACUGGGCCACGGCUGUCGUUUCCUCUCUCCGUCUCCGACACGAAUGCCCUCCUCAAUGCAUUUAAAGAGCAGCAGUCUCUACAUGCCAGAUAUGUGCUGCAGCUGCUGUACGAGACCAAGAAGCUCCUCAAACAGAUGCCCAACAUCACCCACUUGUCUACAUCAUACACAGAGAUCACUAUAUGCGGUGAUCUGCAUGGUCGGCUUGAUGACUUACUUCUCAUAUUUUAUAAGAAUGGUCUUCCUUCUGCUGAGACACCAUAUGUGUUUAACGGGGACUUUGUGGACCGGGGGAAAAAGUCAAUCGAAGUGGUCAUCCUCCUGUUCGCCUACCUUCUGCUUUACCCCGACUACAUGCACCUGAAUCGAGGAAACCACGAAGACCACAUAAUGAACCUCAGAUAUGGUUUCACAAAAGAAGUCAUGCAGAAGUACAAGACUCAUGGCUGUGAGAUCCUCCAGCUGUUUCAGGAUGUCUUCAGUCUUCUGCCUGUUGCCACGGUGAUAGACGGAAAGAUCCUGAUUGUUCACGGAGGAAUAUCAGACCAAACUGAUCUGGACUUCCUCAGUUCUAUAGAGAGGCAGAAGGUUAAAUCUGCCCUGAGGUUUCGCAGACACAGUUUGGAGCAGCUGGACAUCGGUCGCUCCUGCAGACAGGCAAAAAGGAUGAGAUCAACAGACAGCUCUCGUCCCAGCAGCAGUCACAGCCACAGAAAGAACCAAAGAACACCAAACCAAAGAAAGAGGCACUGUGGGCUAAGCCGACAAGACAGUGCCGCCUCCUUUUCUUCCUCCUCGUCCUCCUCUUCCUCGUCUUCCUCGUCUCUCUGCUCUCCUCGAACUCCUUCCUGCCGCUCUCCUCGGCCAUGCCCAUCUUCUCCCAGCAUGCCUUAUGCUUUUAAUGUCCUCCAAGUGCCUUUUCUGGACUCUCUGUCCUCUGUGUCCCCUCCUUCGCUUCCUCAACAUGAACGGGAAUGGAAACAGAUUGUGGAUAUAUUGUGGAGUGACCCUAAAACCCAAGAAGGCUGCAGUCCCAACACAUUCAGAGGAGGAGGCUGCUACUUUGGCCCUGACGUCACCCAGAGACUGCUGCUCCAGCACGGACUGCAGCUGCUCAUUAGAUCCCACGAGUGCAAACAGGAGGGCUAUGAGCUCUGUCAUGGUGGACAGGUGAUCACCAUCUUCUCUGCGUCAAACUACUACGAGGAGGGAAGCAACCGUGGCGCCUACAUCAAAGUAGGCAGAGAACUGGUUCCCCGCUUUUACCAGUACCAAGUCAGCCGCACAACACGCAAACUUACCCUGACGCAGAGAGUGCGAGCUGCUGAAGGCUCUGCUCUCAGGGCCCUGAAAGAGAAACUGUUUGCCCAUCGCUCUGAGCUGAUGGCAGGUUUCCAGCAGUAUGACCAGAAUAACACCGGUAGCGUGUCAGUCAGUGAAUGGGCUUUGGUGUUGGAGACUGUGUUGAGGCUGGACCUGCCCUGGAGGACACUUCGCCCACACUUAGCCCACCUGGCAGCAGAUGGCAGUGUGGAGUAUCAGUCCUGCUUUGAGGACAUGGGACCAGGAACACAGCUGCCUCAGGUGACUCCAAACCUGGCUGAAACUCUGUUCAGAUACAGGACUGACAUUGAGAUCAUAUUCAACAUUAUAGACAAAGACCACUCAGGUCUGAUCUCCAUCGAGGAGUUUCGUCAUACCUGGCGUCUUUUCAGCGCCCACCUGGGGGUCGACAUCAACGACACAGCCAUCGAUGACCUGGCCCGCAGCAUUGACUUCAACAAGGAUGGCAGUAUAGACUUCACUGAGUUCCUGGAGGCCUUCAGAGUGGUACACAAACUGGACAACAAGGAUCAACAAUUCAACGGGAAGACAGAUGGAGAGAAGUAUUCCUAA